AGGGGAAAAGCGCUCGUGAAUAAUUCAGCCUCUCUCGCUGAGAUGAAAACGUCCUAAUAGGACUAAUGGACUCGCUGCCUCAAAACUCGACCCUUGUGGGACUCGCUCACUCACCAAUUGCUUCUGACGUUCGCAUGACACUCCCCAGCGAGGCCGCGCCAGGCUCUGGGCGGCCGGCGAGCCCCGCGCGCCGGGCUGUGUCCUGUGGAACGGCAGGCGCCGGGAGGCAGCGGAGGCCCCCAGCCCGGGGGCACCAUGUUGUCCAUGACCUACAGCGAAAGCCUGCGGAGCGUGAGCAGCAGGUGCCACUCCGACUGGGGCCCGCAGCCCGCCCGCCAGACCGACACGCUGGAGCUGCAGCGGCUGCGGGAGGUGCGGGCGGCCGCCCAGGCCAGGAACAUGGAGCGCUUCCUCCGCACGCACGGCCUCUCCCUGGACGGCUGCACCGCCCAGCGCACGGGCAUGAAGUACCGGUAAGGGCUGCGCCGGGGCGGGCAGGCGGCCGCGGAGGGACACGCGGCGGCGCCAGCGGACCCGGCGAGCACUUUCCGCUUCAACGUCCCGCCGUCGGGGGCCGUCCGAGGACGGAAACCCCGGGCCGGUGUCGGGGAGGCAUGUGCCUUCCGGGGGACCUCGCGGCGGGUGGGGUGUACGUUUUGUCACUUUGCAACAUCACUGGGACGGAGGCUUGUGGGGUGCAGGAAGCGGCAUCCGCGGCGGGACCUCGGGGACCGAGGGUGGGCGGCGCCCUGCCCCGAGCCGCUGGCCCCCUGCGAGGGAGGCGGGGCCUCAGGCUGCGUCCUGGGACCGCAGGGCCACCCUAAAGGCCAUCGGGACUCCGCCGCCCACGCUCUCUGAAAACCCCGGGGCCCCCACGCCCCAAGCUGCCAUUUUUGUUUAGAAAUUUCGCAUGUGGCUUUUCCCCGCGCCCCCCUGCCCCCCCAAGCCUCUGCAGCGCCGGGGGACAGCCCUCCCACCCGUGGGCAGCGAAUGCAGGAGGCGCGGUCAGGUUUACAUUCCUGGCACCGGCCAGUGUG